CUUAAAUCUCAUCGAAAUCUACUUCCAGUCGUAAAACAAAAAAAAACCAGAGCCAACAAUUUUUCAUUUGUAAAUUUCUAAAUUUUUUAAAUUUUGUAAAUUUAUCAAAACUCAACUCAAUUUUUAAUAAUGUCAGCACUAUCGGGACGCGCCCUGCACUAUGUGCUCAAGAUUGGAGACCGGGCCAAGAACGCCUUUUUCUUUCGCCAGAUCCUGGGAAUGAAGGUUUUGCGUCACGAGGAAUUCAAAGAAGGUUGCGAAGCCGAGUGCAAUGGACCUUACGACAAUCGGUGGAGCAAGACCAUGGUGGGCUACGGUCCUGAGAGUUCCCAUUUCGUGAUCGAGCUCACCUACAACUACGGCGUGACCAGCUACGAAAUGGGUAAUGAUUUCGGCGGAGUAACCAUUCACUCUACUGAGAUAUUGCCACGCGCCGCCCAGCACUCGUACCCCAUUGAAAAGACGGAAGGGGGCCAUCUACUCACCUCGCCCGACGGUUACAAGUUCCAUGUGAUCGACCAGGCAGUUACGGAGGCCGACGCCGAUCCCGUGCAGUCGGUGGAGCUGCGCGUGACCAAUCUUGCGGCCUCGCGGCAGUACUGGGAACAGCUGCUCCGGAUGCAGCCACUGGCGGAGAACAAGCAGUCCGUGUGGCUGACCUAUGACUUCAAGCAGGCGUCGCUGCAGCUCACCCAGACUCCGGAUCCCAUCAAUCGGGCCAAGGCAUACGGAAGGAUCGCCUUCGCUGUUCCCGCGGCAACGCAACAACCGCUGCACGAAGCAGUCGUGGCAACCGGCGGCACGGUCCUGAAGUCCCCAAUCACUUUGGAAACGCCCGGCAAGCCCGCUGUGACAGUGCUUAUCUUGGCCGAUCCCGACGGUCACGAGAUCUGCUUCGUGGACGAGGAGGGAUUCUCGCAGCUCUCCCAGGAGGAGACCGAUGGCGAUCACCGACUGGAAAAGUACCUUGCCAAGGAUCCCUUCCAGUCGAAGUGAAGCCUCUCUGACUUUUGUGGGAGUUUUCCACAAGAUUUACAUUUGUUUGAUGGCCCAACUAGAAAUUUAUAUCGUGGAAAUCGGAUAUUUCGGAUAAAUAUUGUAUCAAAAACCUACACAGCACACACAGGCCGGCAGGAACAUUAGGAUCCGACAUGUACACUCUCAUUUUCCUUUCAAAUAAAUUCCCCUCUGUAUUAUUUUCACUUGA